GUCAGUUUCAGUUAGUUGAAUUUUUUGCGUGCUGAUAGCUGGUUCGCGUCAAGUCAAAACAAUAUAGUGAUUAUUAUUUUGUUGUCGAAAUUAAUUAACACUAUGUACGUGAUUAAUAUCCAGUGAAAAUACUUUUUUGCGUGAACAUAAACUCAUUAUUCUCUGUGUCAUAAAUUCUGUAAAAAAAUAAAUAAACAAAAAUGAGGCUGGCGGGCGCUAUUUUCUCCAAUGUUACAAAAAUGUUGGACUUUUAUUCGCAGUUCAACCCAUCUCCACUUUCAAUAAAGCAGUUUAUUGAUUUUGGGUUGAACGCUUGCGAGAGGAAAUCGUUUCUAUUCCUGAGGAAGGAGCUGCCAGUAAGGUUAGCGAAUAUUAUGAAAGAGAUAGCAUUACUCCCGGAGAACUUGCUGCGCAUGCCUUCCGUGGGCCUCGUCAACCAGUGGUACGAGAGGUCGUUCGAGGAGAUCAUUGAAUUUGAGAAGAAGGAACCAGAACCGCCUGUGCUUUCCCAGUUUUGCGAGCGUCUCGUCUUAAUACGAAAUCGUCACGCGGACGUCGUUCAAACGAUGGCGCAGGGUGUCCUCGAGCUGAAGGAGUCACACGAGGUGGAACCGGGCAUCGAGAACUCCAUCCAGUACUUCUUGGACAGAUUCUACAUGAGCAGGAUAUCCAUCAGGAUGCUUAUCAAUCAGCACACGCUGCUGUUCGGCGAGCAGCUGGGCGCGCGGCAGGCGUCCGUGAACGGGAUGGGCAACGGCGGGCGGCACGUCGGGUCCAUCGACCCCGCCUGCGACGUGGCGGCCGUGGUGCGCGACGCCUACGAGAACGCGCGCUUCCUCUGCGACCGCUACUACCUCGCCUCGCCCGAGCUCGAGCUGCUGGAGGACGGAAUGCCAAUCGACCGUCCGAUGCCGAUAGUGUACGUGCCGUCCCAUCUCUACCACAUGCUGUUCGAGCUGUUCAAGAACGCGAUGCGUGCUGUCAUGGAGACCCACGAGAACUGCCCGCCCCCCAUACAGGUCAACCUUGUCCGGGGCAGGGAGGACGUCUCCGUCAAGAUGUCAGAUAAAGGCGGCGGUAUACCGCGCAGUGUCUCCGACCUGCUCUUUAAGUAUAUGUACAGCACGGCUCCGCAGCCAUCUAAGUCGGACUCCCACACCGUGCCGUUAGCUGGUUAUGGUUACGGACUACCCAUAUCUAGAUUAUACGCCAGAUAUUUCCACGGUGACUUGGUCCUCAUGUCGUGUGAAGGGUUCGGCACAGAUGCAGUUAUAUAUUUGAAGGCUCUAUCGAACGAAGCAAACGAACUACUACCGAUAUUCAACAGGACUUCCUCGAAGUUCUACCGCACGACUCCCGCGCCCGCUGAUUGGUCGGCGCCCGUUCCCACGCAGACGUGUCGGAGGGAUAAGCCGUCCCUUUCCCACAAGGCGUAGGGAACAUAACGAGGGAGACAGACUGUAUAUAUAUAUUGUGUUGUGAUGUAAAAUUUAAAAGUGAAGUAUAAAUGAGUGAUUUUUAAUUAGUGUAGUAUAUUAAAUGUGUGAAAGAGACAAGAAAUAUUUUAAACUAAACUGGUGACGUAAUAGAAGAGGUAAGACGUAAUAUAAUGAUCGACCAAUCACAGUGGUUAGGCAUAAAACGGAUUGGCAGUGUAAUUACAGGCACAAGGGACAGCAUCCUGGGGAAUGGAUCCGAGGUGUGAUGUCUCGUGUGUCUGUUGACACUGUAAGGCAUUGUAUAAACAAUCCCGGUAUAAACCGCUCACAUUGCCAAUGUCUUCUGGCCAAGUAGACCAUAUCAACAACAUCAAAACUAAAAAAUAUGUCAGGUCUCUUUCACACAUUGAUUGGUCACAGUAAGAGGGAGAUUUGUGAUUUGGCUUGUACGUUAACAUUAUUUAUGAAAUAGGUUACUAUAAUCAAAUAACACAAGUAUACGUCAAAGCCCACUUUAAUAUAACACAUGCGAAAGAGGCAUAAAAAUAAAAAAAAUAUUUGACCAAUCAAAUAUUUCUAAAAUAUAAGUUACGUAACUUAUUUUUUUAAUUAUAUUAAGAUCUAUUAAGUGAGAGAUUUUAUAUAUUUUAAAAUACUCUACAAAUGCAAGCACAACGUAAUACAUUAUGUAAUCAAACUUAGGUCCUUUAUCAUAGUAAGAGUCACUAACCUAAAGUAAUACAUUCAUCUAAUCGCUCAUUGGUCAAUUGUCGAUGACGUAAUAGACGACCAAUGAGCGUUCAGUAUUGACCCUUAUCUGCCUACUUGUUUAUAAUCCAUAGACAAAACCAUCCGAUGAUGACAAUCGUUGAACCGAAAACUAAUUUACUAUGACAAACUUACUUUAUGGUGUUUAAUAAGCAAUAUAUAACAGUGAGUAUAUGUGGGUUAAAUCUAUAAUUGAUCAGCAUUUCAAAUCGUAUAAGCCUUUAUGAUUUAAAAAAAAAAAAACAAAAUUCAAAUACUAUCAUUUAAUAAUGUAAAUAAAAGUAUACAUUUUAUUUUGUAUAUAUUUAAUUCAUGUGAUACUCAAUUUUAAAUACUUUGCUUGCGAGAUUCAGUAACACCAUUACUCUUUGAUCGGUUGCUGUGUCAACCGAAUCGUUUUUGCGAAUCAGUAACUGAAUAAACUAGUAGCCCUAGGCCUAUCCAAGAUUGCAGCUCCCUACUGCCUUGUAGGGUUGGGGGCGUAAUAACGGGGGUAAAUCAAAAAAAAAAAAAAUCAUGUAUAAGAUUUCAAUUGGGUAAUUGCUAUGGAUAGAUUUUUGAGUUUUUAAUUGGUUAACCCUUUUUUAGGGACGCAUUUGAGUUACGCCUCGUAAACAAUAUUACUAUACGUAUGCAAAACAAAAUGUUCUUCUUGAAUAUAGUAACGGUAUAUGAAUCAUAGCCAAUGACGCUUGAAGUAAUCCAAUUCUUUAACACUUGUCAUAAUUAUUACAAUAAAAAUUAGCCAAUUCAUAGCCAUUGGCAAAUUAUAAUCAGAUAUGUGAACGUCUUAUAUAUUAUAAUAAAUAAAUAAUUUAUUCAUGCGGUUUUUGUUUAAAUUAAUUUAUUAAAAAUUGAUAAAAAACUUGUGAUAGUAUCGCCUAAAAUUUUUAAAUGAAUUAGAUUAAGAACUGUGUAUUUACUGUCUAAAGUGUGUAUUAAUUUAGAGCACUAUGUGUGCUCUUUAUGAUUAUUUUUUCUUACAGAAAAUAAUAAUAAUAAUUAAGUAAAGAUUUAAUUAAAUUAAUUAUAAUAAUUAAAUUAAUGUAUGAAUAUUCAAGUGUACAUUGGCUUUGCAUAUCACGCAAUAGCGAUGGCUUCUCUUUAUGAUUACGAAUAUAUUUUCAAAUGAUAAUCAGUUAAAUAUAUUUCUAUAGAAUUAAUCUCUGUGGUAAUGGAAAUAAGGUUGAUAUCAUAGCUCUGGUGUUACUAGAAAAUUCGCUUAAGAAUGAUGUGAUUAACGAGAAAACGCUGUAAACUCUAGUAAUUAACAACAUUAGUAUUAGCAAAAUAUAUCAUAGAUGUAAGAAUAACUAAUUGUGUAUGGAAAAUGUAAUUUUUUUUAUCAACAAUUCAUUUACGUAAAAUGAAACUUAGCAAAGAUGACGAUAAUUUUUGACAAUUUAUGCACGUUAUAUUUAAUUAUCGUUAUUAUAAAGCAAUCGAUUGAUUUUGCGUUGCGAGUAACGAGACGUUAAUCAAUUUUUGAAUUGUUGUCGAAUCGUCGAAAAUUAAUAAACAAAUAUCAGCAGCUUUCACAUUAAUAAUUGAAUUGUUUUUAAAAAAAAUUGAGGACAGAUUAUAAUUUUAUAGAAUUAAAUGUAAGUGUCAAAAUAUCGUAGAUAAAAAUAUUAUAACUAUUUGAAUCAAUGUUAGAAAGUAAAAAAAAAUAACAAUUAGAUUGUUUUAGAAAUAAUAUUUAUUUUUUACAUAAUAUUUUACUUAAAAUAUUAUGUAAGCACGAUGUUAGUUUUAGAUAUAAAAUUAAAAUCACUUAAAAAGUUAUUAUAAAUGAAUCUUUGUACGGAUCAAAAUUUCCCAAUAUCAUUGGGAUUAGUUGAGUAAUAGUUAUUUGGAAUGAAUAAUAUAAUACAUAAAUAGUUACAUAUUUUUUUAUUGUUUGUAUUAGAAUCGAAGUACAAUUUUUAAACUGGCACAAAAUAUCACUCAUUAAAUUUUGACAUCUUACUAAAUGAAAUACCGCAAGUUAAUUGUCCAACAGUACCAAGAAACGCUAUUCUGACUUAUGUAUACUUUCAAUAUAAAGCUUGUACGUCCCAUGUACGUCCUAACAAGUUGAUUUGUGCAAAAUACUUUAUGUAAAAAUGAAGUUGCACUGUUUUAAGCAUCCAAAACUUAUAUCUUAUUGUAUUGUACUGUAAUAGUUGAGGAAAAUUAUAUUAAUAAAAUUUAAAGAAAUAAUCGGUUUUAAUGCUCAUAUUAUAGUACACAUACAUUUGAUCAAUAGUGCAUCUCUAUACACAACGAGCCUCACAAAUAGAAAUAUGUUUAAAUAGUAGCAGCUUCAUCUAGAUGUACUAAUCAUAAUUAAAUAUAAUAUGUGCCAGAAAAUAAAAUAAGUACCCAUACCUAACCUAAUAUUAAAAACCAAAAAACUUAUACUAUUAAUUAUGAGUCAGUGUUCGUCGCAACACUGACCAAUGGUACUUGCUGCUGAUCACGUUUGACAAAAGUUGGGUACAUUAACAAGUACUAUUGACAUUGGCAGAAUUAUUGUUGGCUGAACAGUAUUGUGCGCAGUGCCGUAAAAAUUAGUAACAGAUAAAUGGAGCAGUUGGACUAUUUUUUUUAGUCCAAUGUCGUAAUACGUUCAGCCAACUUACGUUCAAAGUUGAGUUUGGAAUUAGUUCUUACAGAUACAGAAUACUUGGUCGCGUUUGUUUGACAAUUAGCUUGCCGGUUAGUAUUUGAUGUUUUCUGAACUCACUGCAUUUUCUUUUACUUUUAGUUGUAAGCGUUAUUCCAAAAUUUUUAUGUAAUUUAAAUAAGGGUAGAAAUGAUUUAGAAAUGAAAUGUUUAAUUUUUAUGAAUAAAAUUUGAUGAAAUAUGA